AUGGAGUUUGUGCCUGCGCUGUGUGCUGCAGGCACAAUUGGUAUAGCACCCGCUGGCCUCGCUCUUGGUCGUCCGGAAGCUGUCAGACGCCACUCGACGCUGGCGUACCAGCGAGCAUCUUUCUUCGGCGGGGAAUCUGAUAAUAUCGCUGUCUCGUCGCCCCUUUCGCCUCGCCCGCCACUCUUCCCGCCGCUGCUCGAGGAGCAGAAGAAGAAGAAGAAGAGCAGCAGCAGCAGCAGCAGCCGGAAGAAGAGUGCAGAUGAAGGUCGCCCCCCGAGGACGGCGCCGCCAGACUCGCACGUCUUCCCCCUGGACGAGGAGCUGUCGACCGCCGCGAAGCUGGACGCCCUCAUACGGCGAACAGACGAGAAGAUACUGCUGCGGCCGCGUCGAGAGAACAACCUGACCGUCCUGACCCAGGAUGUGGUGGACGAGUCCUCCGGUCAAGACCCCUUACCUCCACAGCGGCCGUCCUCGUCCUGGGUCCGGCGCCUGUCGACCAUCACCUCGUCGGUGUACGGCAGCUCCGUGGCCAGCUCGCGCCCUCAGUCUCCCUCAGUCCACAGCUCCAACGCCCCCUUUUUCCCCCAGCAGCACCGCGCUCCCUACAGCCAGCCCAACAAGCUCGUCAAGCGGUCAACCUCCCAGCACGACUUUCCAGACCCCUACGACACCGUCCCUUCAUCCUUCUCCCCUUCUGCCUCGUCCAGGCCACACAGAAACAGCUCCCUCAUCCGCCGUCCCGCCACCAGCCACCAGCGCACCGCUGCUGCUGCUGCCGCUAUGCGACACCGCUCAGCAACCGAAUCGCGCGUGGUCGAAGGUGGUCUGCUAUCGCCACGCACCCAGAUGCCCGGCGGGACCGCCGCUCCAUUGGACGGAUCUCUGCCUUCUCCUGGGGAACCGAUCUGGCGGCCCUACUUUCGUGGAAUCACCUCGAAUUUCUCUUCCAUUCGCACCCGGCGGCGCUCGUCCUCGGUCAGGCAGAGACGGGAGCGCUCCCAGCAGCAGCUACAUCUGCUUCCGGAGCCAGACGUCGUACCCACCCUUGUCCUCGCCUCCUCCAUCAAGACACAUGAUCCGUUAGUACGCCCACGCUUUGGCUCUAGCUUCAAGCCGCCAGAUCAACAGCCAGAUCGACCGUCAGAUCAGGCGUGGGGUAGCACCGUACCCGCCGCCCGUGGCCAUGUCUCGCGUAAGUCGAGCUCAGAUAGGGAGGAGAUACCUCCUGAAAUACUACCAUCAUCGUCACUGUCAUCAGCACCAACUCCACCAUUUGUAGCAAACAACCCCUUUACGAAAGAGCCCACACAGCCGUGGGAAGAGUCGAUAGCUAAGCUAGAACGAAGGCAGCGUGCUUCCCUCGACCUGAAACGCUCCUCCCAACCAGACAGUGAUCAACCGCCUCGGACAAGUAAAAGUGAGAGGCUGAACGGGAGCUCGAUGCGAUCGCGGCGGAGGAAGACAAUAACCGAUCCCGAAAUCUUCAAACGGCCUACCACCCCUUCUUCUUCUUCUUCUUCUUCUUCUUCUUCUUCUUCUCCUUCUUCCUCUCCUCCUUCCCAGCAGCCCCGGUCAGAUGACCUUCAUGAACCCGUUUCCCCAAAGUCGGCUCCAAAGGCCGUCCACGCCCCCAAGCCCCGUCUACGGCACUUGCCACAGUUCCAUGACCUCCGCUGCGAAGUCUUGAACGAAAGACGCUCGGCGCCCUCCUCGGCCCCAGGCUCUAGGCAGUCAUCUGCCGAGCAGAAGGUUUACAGCACACGAGACCGGGGACAACGCCUUUCCGGCACCGCAUCAGAUCCAGCUUCGACCAUCCCCGGUUCGGACAAUGAUACUCGCAUCUUCUCGUCUGGGGAGGAGGACGAGACCGACUGCCACAGCGAUACCGUCUUUGACUCCUACCCAACGCGCGCAACAAGCAGCAACAAAUCGACACCUCGUGGACCCCGAAUAGAUACCAUCUUUGACCAACCGGACGCAAAAUCAAAGCCCUAUCCAGAUGAACUCCACCUGCCGGCUUCGUCUGUUCGCAAGAAAUCAAACCUGCCUAACGGCAGCCUGAGAAACGCUUCGCCUUCUGACGCUCCUGUCCGUAGGAUGUCGCCGUUGCCAAAGAACGUCAUCAUAGGUCCGCAGCGAGCAAGUCGGGAGCCUAGCUAUCCUGCUACCCUGUCAGCCGAUAGCGCAGAGAAGUUGCGCUUCUUCGCUGAAACCUCGGACGAUGAAGACGAUUUCCCCAUGGCGCUUAGCCCGUAUCCCAACUCCCGUUCGGCUGUUACGCUCUCCAAGGCAUCUGAGGCUGGCUCACGCAUGAGUGUGUUCGACUGGUCGGAACAGCAGAAGCCCGCAAAGGACGGCGACCGCUCUGCCCACCGGCCAAAGACUGCCCAUGAAAAGAACCUGGUCGAUUUACGCGGAGGACGGUCGACCGCGCGCAGUGCCCCAAACACUCUCCAUCUCAGAAGUCAGAGCGUGCCCAUUGCAAAGGAGUCUACCGCGCAAAAAGACACAGGUUUCCCCCUCAAGUUCGGAACCUGGGGGCUAGGAAACAAGGGCCCGAGUGAAGACUGGGAUGGCGACUUUGAUUUCGAGGACUCUGAUGAUCUUCCCCUUCCAGGCUCUCUCGGCAAUGGGAAAUGUUCUACCGGUAGCAUGAAGGUUCCCCAAUCCAUCCUAGACCGACAAGAAAGCGUGCAUGGCCAAUAUGGCCUUGUCCAGGAACUGACCGUCCUCGUCGAAGAACUGAAACGGCUCCAGGUCCAGGCUAAAGCAUUGCACAUCAUGGAUGGCCAGUCGGGAGAACUGUGGAAAGAGGCCCAGGGGAUAAUAAAUCUUGCUACCCUUGAAGAAGAGGACGAGCCGCGCCCGAAUGGCUGUAGACACCAACGACAACGUUCCUCGUCGGUCACAACGUUUGAUUCAGGAAGCUUUGGCUUAGAAUCCUCCCCCGAGCCCAUGCCUAUGAAGCAAAACAGCCAUGAGAACCCGAACAAGCAGUUCUCGACUCUCGCCGGGAAGGAAAAUUCAGACCCAAGUGCCAAUAUUAACGCGACCUUUCCAUCCUCAAAGAAGCCACGGAGAGAGUCUUCGGCGAGAGCAAGAUCCGUCCUAGAUAACAUUCACCACCUACGAGAACUUCACAGCGGUAACUCAGCCGCCUCCCACCCGGCUCAUGAUAACCAGCAACGCUUCGCCUUUGACACGCAGUCCCUUCGUGAUCUUGUCAUCCGCGCCGGUGUCAUCACACGGUCACUAAAGGACAUCGUCCGGAAAGCAGAAGGAGUCUAUGUACCCCCAGAUUCAAACCAUCUCACUCCCGACCCGCCAUUCAGCCAGAUAUUUGUGAAUCCUUCCCUGCAGCCUAUCAUCGCAAACGGACUAUCUUGA